AUGAAAUAUUAAUCAUUGAGUAACGAUAUUAGAAGGGUAAAAAGAAUAGAAUAAAAUAAGGAAGAUUAGUUGAAUAAGUUAAUCAGUAAUAUCGGAUAAGAAAUUUAAUAGAAGUAGAAAUUUAAAUUAAACUUAUAGCAUAGAUGAUCCUUAUAAAUAUUUAAUCAAAAGAAAUUAUUCAAUUGAGGAUAGAACAAUAAUAAAAAGAGAUAAUAUUACAUAGCGCAGACCCUAAGGAAGUAUGUCCAUAGCUGAAAUUUGGACAAAAAAGAUGAAAAAAUAAUGUGACAAAAUAUUAGUAGAGAUGAAAAAGAAAUAGACUAAAUAAAUGUAAAUCUAGUAAUUAAGCUAGACUCGAUUUAUCAAAAUAAUAAUCAAUAGAUAAUAGAUAAAUUGAUGAAUCGAUCUAAUGUAUACAAUUAUUCUCUAAAUACAGCUCCACAAAAUGCAAGUGCGAUAAUUGAAUAAUUGGGACUUAAAGUCUUAUUGGGUAAAACUAGAUAAAAGAACAAAAAUAAAUAAAUAGUCUAAUCUCCACGACAAUAAUUACAGUCCCAGUCCUAAAUUUUGACUCAAUCUCCAAAACCUAUUAGAAACAGAUUUGCUUCCAAUUUUCAUUUUGAACCCAUUUAAUAUUCUCCAACCUAGCAGUAUCAUCAUAAUAGCUAAAGUACCAGUAGUAGUACAAAAAAUUUGUAUAAUGUAAUCAUAAUAGUAAUAGAAUCAAUAGUAAUUUUAGGAAAUACAGCAUUAAGAAUGAAGUUAAAAGAGAAGUGAAUAAAUGUUUAUACGAAUGCGAUUCAUUAAUACAAAAUUAUAAAGAUAUUGAUAAGUAAAAAUCAAUUAUAAAGUUCAUAGAAAGUUAAAAUAGCCAUAGAAAAGUCGUCUAGAUAUUUUUGUCGAAAAAUAGCGAAGAGAAGCAUUGGAGGAACUAAUAUUUAUUGAAAGAAAUAAACCUAAAAACAUAUAUUGA